UUUUAGAUAUUGUUACCUUGAGGAUAUGCGCUUACGGUUUUGCUUGGCUUCUCAGGCUGGAAACAUUCUCAGCAAAUUCCCGUUCAUAGCAAGCUGUUCACAAAUUCGCUCAGCAUACAAAUAUGUUGGCGAAUCAGCUCAGUCCGAUGGAACAUUGUUGGGUGAUUUCCGCAGAGCCAUGCACUAUAUGUUUAUGACAGAGCUUGUAAGAGGUAUGGGUAUAAUUGUCGGUCAUUACUUUAUGGAACCUGCAACAAUAAACUAUCCAUUUGAGAAAGGCCCACUGAGCUCGCGUUUCCGUGGUGAACAUGCGCUUCGGAGAUAUCCAUCUGGUGAAGAACGCUGUAUAGCUUGCAAACUGUGCGAAGCGAUAUGUCCGGCACAAGCAAUAACGAUUGAAGCUGAAGCAAGACCUGACGGAAGUCGGCGAACUACGCGUUAUGAUAUCGAUAUGACAAAAUGUAUUUACUGCGGAUUGUGUCAGGAGGCUUGUCCGGUUGAUGCUAUUGUUGAGGGUCCGAAUUUUGAAUACUCAACGGAAACUCAUGAGGAACUGCUAUAUAACAAAGAGAAGCUUCUGUUGAAUGGUGAUCGGUGGGAGCCGGAAUUGGCAGCAAAUUUACAGGCUGAAUAUCUGUAUCGUUAAGUUGAGGAAGUUUUAGUGACUGAUCGUUGUAUCGUUCUUCAUUAGGUAAUUAGUUUAAAGAACACUGUUUAGUCGAUCUAUUAAAUGAACUAGAAAAUAAAUACUACCCAUUGUGAUUGUUUCUGCUGAAUGCUGAAUAUACUGCAGCUGUUGUGAAUAUAAAAGGCCAUGUUGUGGAUAUAAAAGAUAACACUGCAGUC